AUGGGGUAUCAACGACGGCCUCGACGACGGCGACGGCGGCCCUUCCAACGAGUGCGAAUUUGGCAGGGCCAGGUGUACGCCCGCGGCACCGUCAAGGACGACAAGUUUGGCAUCAUGUACUCGUGGUACUUCCCCAAGGACGUGACCUCGCCCGGCGUCGGCCACCGCCACGACUGGGAGAACAUUGUGCUGUGGUUCGACGGCGAGAGCCAGGACCACAAGUAUCUCUGCAUCGCUAUCUCCGCCCACGGCGGCUACAAAAAGUACACUGCUGGCGACAAAGCCAUGUCCUGGGACGGCGACCGGCCGCUUACUGCCUACGAGAAUGAGAUUGUCACCCACCACCACCUCGGUGUCACGGGCAAAAAUAGCGGCGACCAGUCGAUUCUCGGAUAG